UCGCCCGAAAAAAGUUCAUGCGCAACUUGGGAUCCUGACGUGGAAUCGUGAGCUUGCCAGACGAUCCAGAACCACGCCUCAAUAUUCCGCCCCGCGUAGCAGGGAGAGAAGAGCUUUGGUGUUUUCAGAGUAUGACUUCUUCCAGUAGAGGCGGCAAUGCGGCUGCUGCUUUACUAAAAAGGAGGCCAAAUGUCUGUGCAAGCUGCAGAACGACCCAAUUCCUGCGCCCAUACUCAGCAGGCGCCGAAACAUCACAGAAAGCUGAAGCAAACCCCCAUCCACCCACAACCUCCUCUCGCAGAGACGAGUACCGCAUCAAGUCGGGCAUAAUCCUGUCCCGGGCGCCCCUUGUUACCCGUGCCCUAUCCCCCUUUGAGAACGCCUUCUUCUUCUACCAGAAGCGUCUAAAUGAGCGGUUAGUUCUCCCCUUCCGCCACGAGCUCUUCUUCAAGAACGACACAGCGCCCGAUCUGGACUGGCGAAUCAAGUUCAACGAGCGAGGACAGCUGCCGGCGAAGGAAUUGGGCAGAUAUUACCCUAAGGGUCGCAAUGCGUGGAACGACGAGCUUCUGGUUGGCAGUACGUUAAGCGACGAGGAGAGGAUACGGGAGAUUCUCUUGAAGGAUGCCGAGAACAGGGUCACGGAAGAUGGCGAGGAGGCUCAGCCGGAUGAGAUUGUGCCGGUCGAGCGGCCAAUGCCGAGGGUCACAGAGGCGGAUAAGACGAACGAUGUGAGGCGGUUGGAUAGGAAGCUGGACAGGACACUCUACUUGGUUGUUCAGGCAAGUGAUGGAGUAUGGCAGUUCCCCAACGACGACGUGCCGACGUAUGAGAAUCUGCACGAGGCAGCAAAGAGGGUCCUCGACACAGCAGCAGGCGUCAACAUGAACACAUGGAUCGUGGGUCGCGUACCUGCUGCACAUUAUGUUGCUCAGCCUGAGUUCGAUGAGAAGACAGUACUGAAGCGGCGAGGCGAGAAAGUGUUCUUCCUCAAGGGCAGGAUCAUGGCGGGCCAGGCGAACCUGAAGGACAACGCAUUGGGGUACAAGGAUUUCAACUGGCUGACGAAGGAUGAGCUCAGGGAAAAGCUGCCGUUUCCCUAUUUCCGCUCUGUGAGGAACAUGAUGGCGGAUCGUUAGACUUGGGCAGCUACGCUCAUAGGUCAGCCGCGUGUAUUAUACAGCUAAAAAUGUAUACAGGUAUGUACUCUACUGUACUUUGCAAUGGAAACUGUACCAUGCAGACACUUC